GUGCGCACAUUAGUUUCCGUGCGCACAUCAGACAUUAACCAAUAAAAUGCAUCCACGUCAACGUAGGGCCACACUCCGCCUCUUUCUUCUCUCUCUCUCUUCUCUUCUGUCCGACUCUCCUCAUUCCCAUUCUCUCUCUCUCUCUCUCUCUCUUUCCCCGAGAGAUACACAAACAAAGACCACCAUCUCUUCCUCUUUCUCAGAGAAGAGAAUAGAAUCUCCUCCUCAAUUCCAAUUCUACCCUCGGACUUUCCCCAAAUUCACCAAUGGCUCCACCCUCGUGUCAGCGCCUCAUCCGAUUUGGCGCCUCCCGGCGCCGCCGCACUUCGGCUCCUUUCCGGCCGGAGUCACCGCCGGCGAAGAAGUUCAAGCCGCUGGCGGAGGUGAUGGCGAGGGCCGAGUACGCGGUGGCCGACGGCGGCGAUUACGGCGGGUCACGGUGCGAGCAAUGCGGCUCCGGCGAGAAGGCCGAUGAGCUCCUCCUCUGCGACAAAUGCGACAGAGGAUUCCACCUCAACUGCCUCAGGCCAAUCGUCGCCAGAGUUCCCAUCGGCUGCUGGCUUUGCCCUUCCUGCUCCGGCCACCGAAGAAGAGUAAGAACAAGCUUUUCGCAGAAGAAGAUAAUCGAUUUUUUCCGAAUCCAGAAAUGCACCAACUCCGUCAAAGAUAAAUGCCCGUCUCCUCAAGAUGCUAGAAAGCGCCGCAGGCGUUCGGGAUCACUAGUAAUGCAAAAGAAGAGAAGGAGACUCCUGCCGUUCAUUUCGUCAGAAGAUCGUGCUCAAAGGUUGAAACAAAUGGGAUCAUUGGCUUCCGCUUUAACCACAUUGAAAAUGGAAUUCAGCGAUGAUCUCACUUAUGUACCCGGCAUGGCUCCUAAGUCUGCUAAUCAAUCCGACUUUGAAGAUGGUGGCAUGCAGGUUCUUUCGAAAGAAGACGCCGAGACCUUGGAACAGUGCAGAGCCAUGUGUAGAAGAGGAGAAUGUCCGCCGCUUAUAGUAGUUUUUGAUUCAUGUGAAGGUUUUACUGUAGAGGCUGAUGGCCCUAUUAAGGAUAUGACAUUUAUUGCUGAAUACACGGGCGAUGUGGAUUACAUUAAGAACCGGGAACAAGAUGACUGCGAUGGCAUGAUGACUCUUCUCUUAGCAACAAACCCAACUAAGAGCCUCGUCAUCUGCCCUGAUAAACGCGGAAACAUUGCUCGCUUUAUCAAUGGCAUUAACAAUCAUACCAUGGAUGGCAAGAAGAAGCAGAAUUGUAAAUGUGUGAGAUACAGCGUUAACGGUGAAUGCCGGGUGUUUUUGGUUGCUACUCGUGAUGUUGCUAAAGGGGAGAGGCUAUACUAUGACUACAACGGAUAUGAGCAUGAAUAUCCUACUGAGCAUUUUGUCUGAGCUGCUGCCUAAGCCUAACUCUUACUUGGAACUAAUUCCGGGUCGAGACUACAGAUAGGUCUUUGGGCAUUUUUAUUUUUAUUUUUUAUUUUUUAGUUUUUAUUUUUAUUUUUAUUUUUAAAUUAAAGCUUACUCAUCAUUGUUGCAGAGUCUGACAUUCUUCAUCUAAUUGUACUCAUGCCCAAUUAGUUGUAGCUUCUGGUUUAGAGCUGCCACAUUUGGGCUGUGAGAGAAAUAGA